AUGUAUUCUUGGGAACUGGCGCCCCUUACUCUCGUUCUCGCACUCGCUGCUUCGGAUCACCUCAUUCUCCUUCACAGUCAAGAAGUACCUCCGUACCAGACCGAGCCGCCGCCGACUCCGUCCAGUUCUUCUAAGUACGGAGCAAUUGGAGCAAGUGUCUUUCUUUCGGUGAUCGUGGUGGUGCUUUGUGCGAUUUAUUUUAAAUGUAGAAAGAGAAGGACCAGAUCACUCAGAGAAGAGGGAGGUUGCAAGUUCUACCUUGAUAAAGGUGAGUACCUCGUGGAGGGUAAAGGUUGGACUGAUAGCGUGGAAAUGGGUGGCUAUGAAAUUGGGGCCUGGCGCUUGCGGAGUUACUCCCACCAAAUCGUCAAUGAUAGGAAUCUUUUGCCGGUCAGCAAGCCACCCUCAAGAAGCCGAGGACAACCAGAAUCAAUCCAAAAUGCCAAUAAUGGAAAUCAAUUGCCUGGCAAAAAUCAACACUCAAGAGGCCAAGACACGCGAUCAGCCCGCACCGUGCCUCCUCAAGCACCACUCAAAUCAAUCCAAAAUGCCAAUGAUGGAAAUCAAUUGUCUCACAAAAAUGAAAACUCAAGAGCCCGAGACAAGCAAUUAGCCCACACAGUGCCUCCUCAACCACCACUAGCCCCUCCAUGGAUGGCUGUCAUUGUGCCUUUGAGAAGCUAUGUUAAGACGUUAGCUUGCAUUAUGUCUUCUCAAGUGCAAGCAGAAUCAAUCCAAAAUACCAAUGAUAGAAAUCAAUUGGCUGGCAAAACUGAACACUCAAGAGGUCGAGACAAGCGAUCAACCCACACCAUUCCUCCUCAAGCACCGCUAGAAUCAAUCCAAAAUGCCAAUGAUGGAAAUCAAUUGCCUGGUAAAAAUGAACACUCAAGAGGCCAAGACAAGCGAUCAACCCGCACCGUGCCUCCUCAAGAACCACUAGGAUCAAUCCAAAAUGCAAAUGAUGGAAAUCAGUUGCCUCGUGAAAAUGAAAACUCAAGAGGCCAAGACAAGCGAUCAACUCGCACAGUGCUUCCUAAACCACCAGUAGAAUCAAUCCAAAAUGCCAAUGAUGGAAAUCAAUUGCUUGGUAAAAAUGAACACUGUAGAGGCCGAGACAAGCGAUCAACCCGCACCAUGCCUCCACAAGCACCACUAGAAUCAAUCCAAAAUGCCAAUGAUGGAAAUCAAUUGCCUGGUAAAAAUGAACACUCAAGAGGCCAAGACAAGCGAUCAGCCCGCACCAAGCCUCCUCACGAACCACUAGAAUCAAUCCAAAAUGCCAAUGAUGGAAAUCAAUUGCCAGGCGAAAAUGAACACUCAAGUGGUCGAGAUAGGCGAUCAGCCCGUACCGUGCCUCUACAAGCUCCACUAGAAUCAAUCCGAAAUGCCAAUGAUGGAAAUCAAUUGCAUGGUACAAAUGAACACUCAAGAGCCCUAGACAAACGAUCAGCCCGCACCAAGCCUCCUUAUGAACCACGAGAAUCAAUUCGAAAUGCCAAUGAUGGAAAUCAAUUGCCUAGUACAAGUGAACACUCAAGAGACCUAGACAAGCGAUCAGCCCGCACCAAGCCUCCUCACAAACCACUAGAAUCAAUCAAAAAUGCUAAUGAUGGAAAUCAAUUGUCUAGCAAAAAUGAACACUCAAGAGGCCGAGACAAACCAUCAGCCUGCACCGUGCCUCCGCAAGCUCCACUAGAAUCAAUCCAAAAUGCCAAUGAUGGAAAUCAAUUGCCUUGCGAAAAUGAAAACUCAAGAAGCCGAGACAAGCGAUCGGUCCGCACAGUACCACCUCAACCACCACUAGAAUCAAUCCGAAAUGCCAAUGAUGGAAAUCAAUUGCCUGGUAAAAAUGAACACUCAAGAGGUCUAGACAAGCAAUCAGCUCGCAUCGUGCCUCCUCAAGAACCACUAGAAUCAAUCCGAAAUGCCAAUGAUGGAAAUCAAUUGCCUCAUGAAAAUGAACACUCGAGAGGCCUAGGCAAGCGAUCUGCCCGCACCGUGCCUCCACAAGCUCCACUAGAAUCAAUCGAAAAUGCCAAUGACAUAAAUCAAUUGCCUAGGAAAAAUGAACACUUAAGAGGCCGAGGCAAGCGAUCAUCCCGCGCCGUGCCUUCUCAAGAACCACCAGCUUUACCAUCUUUCUCCAAAGUCUUGGAACUCAAACACAUACCAAGAAUAUUUACCUAUGAUGAAUUACACUCAGCAACGAAAGGAUUUGGUGAUUCAAAUUGUCUUGGCAAAGGUGGGUUUGGCACCGUCUAUAAAGGAGUGCUCCCUUCUAAUAGUAAGACUGUUGCGGUUAAGAAGCUAGAAGCUUGUGCCAGAGAAGGAAUACAACAAUUCCUCACUGAAGUAAAUGUCAUUAGCCAAGCCCAUCACAAGCAUAUUGUUUCCCUGGUUGGAUACUACUGUGGUCAAGAUGAAGCCCCUGUGCCGGCCAUGAUGCUUGUUUAUGAUUUCAUCCCAAAUAAUUCCCUAGGCUACCAGUUGCAUGGAACAAGUACAAAAACUAUAAACUGGGAAACAAGAAUGAAGAUUGCUAUUGGCUCUGCAAAAGGAUUGAUAUAUCUUCAUGAAGACUGUGAACCCAAGAUCAUACACUGUGACAUCAAAUCAGCUAACAUUCUUCUAACUGAUGAUUUUCAGCCAAAGAUAGCAGAUUUUGGACUUGCAAAACUUUUGCCAGACACUGCUACCCACCUCUCUGUGCAACAAUUCAUGGGAACCUUUGGAUAUUUAGCUCCAGAGUGUUUAGUUGGUGGGAAAAUCAGUGAGAAGUCGGAUGUCUUCGCCUUUGGUGUUGUGCUUUUGGAGUUGAUUACAGGACAAAAAGCUUGUGGGUCUUUCUCAGAGGGCAUGGUUAAGUGGGCAAGACCUAAACUCUUCGCAGCUUUAAAAUCGGAAGAUCCGAACUUUGAGGCUCUUGCUGAUCGAAGCUUGCAGAAUAAUUACAACUCCGAAGAGAUGUUCCGAAUGGCUUCUUGUGCUGCAAAUUGCGUGCGAGAUUCAGCCAAUCUUCGUCCUACAAUGAGAGAGGUGCACAAUGCCAUUACACUGUAUCCCUAA